CUUCUUCUUCCUCCUCCUCCUCCUUCAGCAACAAAAACUAAUUCGAAAAAAACUCUCUUAAAAGAUCCGAUUCGAUUCAAUGGCGGAUCGGGUUAAAGGUCCGUGGAGCCAAGAGGAAGACGAACAGCUAAGGAAGAUGGUGGAGAAAUACGGACCGAGGAACUGGUCGGCGAUUAGCAAAUCGAUUCCUGGUCGAUCUGGUAAAUCGUGUCGAUUACGUUGGUGUAAUCAGUUAUCUCCGGAGGUGGAGCACCGUCCGUUCUCGCCGGAGGAAGACGAGACGAUCGUCUCCGCUCGAGCCAAGUUCGGUAACAAAUGGGCGACAAUCGCUCGUCUUCUCAACGGCCGUACGGACAACGCCGUGAAAAACCACUGGAACUCGACGCUCAAGCGGAAAUGCGGCGGCGGAGGUGGAGAUGUUAGCUUCGCGACGGCGACGACGACGGAGGAGGAUCAGGAUCGGCCGAAGAAGAGGAGAUCCGUGAGCUCUGAGUCUGCUCCACCGGUGGACACUGGAUUGUAUAUGAGCCCGGAGAGUCCCGCCGGGAUUGACGUCAGUGACUCAAGCACGAUUCCAUCUCCUCGGUCUCCGGUUGCUGCUCAGCUUUUCAAGCCAAUGCCGGUGACCGGCGGAUUCACGGUCUCGCCGGUAGAAAUGUCUUCGUCUUCGGAGGAUCCGGCAACUUCGUUGAGCCUGUCACUGUCACUGCCUGGAUCUGACGCUAGUCAGGAGUCGAAGAACACGAGUUCGAGCCACAGCAAUUUGCUGUUUCCGCGAUUUGAGAGUCAAAUGAAAAUCGAUGUAGAGAGGAGAGGAGAAGCAGUGGUGGUCGGACGAAGAGCUGAGUUUAUGACGGUGGUGCAGGAGAUGAUAAAGGCGGAAGUGAGGAGUUACAUGACGGAGAUGCAGAAAAAUAGCGGCGGCGGUGGAUUCGUCGUCGGAGGUUUCAGGGAUAGUGGAAUAACACCCAAGGUUGAGUAGUUUGGGAAUGUGAGAGAGUUUAGGAAAUCAAAUCGGUUUGGCAAUUUGAAAGAGCAAUUCAUUUUUGGGUUGUGGUGAAAUCAAAAAAAAAAAAGAAGAAAAAAAAUGUACAGAGGAAUUAAAUUAAGUAAUAAAAACUUCGAUGGAAUAAUCUUAAAAU